AUGACGGGAGAUCCAGCUCUUCAUCUGUGUCCUGCUGGUCAUUACUGUGAUGGUCUGCCUGAGGGACACUUGAGUGGAGGACCCAGGCCAUGUCCUCUGUACACUUAUCAGGCUUCCCCUGGAGCAGGCAGCAAGGGGGACUGCCUGCCGUGCCCUCCUGGUGCACACUGUAACAGCACAGGGCUUACAGACUACUCCAACAGUCCCUGUCCGCCUGGUUACUGGUGCAGUGGGUCUGGCCCCCCCAUCUACUGCCCCGCAGGCACCAAGAGGUCCCUUCCUGGAGCUGCUACGCCCAGACACUGUGAACCCUGUGCAGGGGGAACCUUCUGUCCAGACCCCCGGGAAACAGGGAAGCCCAAUGUGGAGGGAAUCCGUUGCAGGGCGUCCUAUCAAUGUCCCAUAGGUGCAGCCUCAGAGAGGCCGUGCAGAGCUGGCUCAUACUGCGGACCUCAGACUGCUGAGCCCCAAGUUUGUCCUGAAGGUUAUUUUUGCCCUGAGGGAUCCCACUCCUACACAACGCCCAAACAACUCUGUCCUUUCCCUUACUACUGCCCGGCCAACAGCUCCACCAUGAAGUCCUGCGAAGGUGGUUCCAUGCCUGUCACCGCCAGUGGGCUCAGGGGAUCCAAAAGCAGCUGCUGUAGUGUGUGUGAGGGGGGCACGUAUCGUCUUCAUCACUCCCCCGGCCCACAAUGCCUUCCGUGUCCGCCAGGAUACUCUUGCCCGCCAGGUACUGACUAUUUCAAAAGCCACCCUUGCCCUUUUGGGUCUGUCUGUCCCGUGGGAUCCACUGAACCCGUACCCUGCCCCCCUGGUUCCUUUGGUAACCUCACUCGUGCUGGGAAAAUGAGUGACUGUUACUCAUGUCCAGCUGGAACUUUUAACCACCUGCCCGCCCAGAGCGCCUGUUUCCCCUGUGGCAGCUCCUCUACCUCACCAACCGGUUCUUCCUCCUGUACCUGCAUUGGUAAGAACCGUGCAUUCCAGCACUCUGACGGUUCAUGUUUGUGUAGAACUGGUUUUAUCUUCUACAACGAGCUGGAUUACCAAAGCUCCAGCUCUGACAGUGAACUGGACUGCCAGCCUGAGGUGAACAGACGGUGUGCCACAGGACAGGCACGCCUGGCGGUAUCCAGGGAGUGUGUGUCCCCUUCCCUCCACUCCUGUAAUAUCACCUGUGGACCACAUGGAGGAACUCUGGAUUUGGAGAUGGGAAUCUGCCAAUGUGAGCGAUACGUGUCUGCCGAGGAGCUUUGCAAUACGUCCUGCCUCUCCCGUCUGCCUCAGCUCUCUGCGCAGCUCUCGGCAGAUGGACGCCUGCUGCUCAGCCUGAGAGACAGAAGCAGCAUGGUCUGGACACGGACUGUAAUGGAUGUUUUAGGACCAGAUAUUCAUGCAAAGAACUUUGGGAAAAUUCAUCUGGUCCAAUUUGACUCUGAGGGAGUAUUUGGUUGGAUUCCCACACAGACGGGACUUAUCAAUCAGUUCCUGUCAGAACCAACAGAACUCCUAAAUACAAGACCCAGAAAGAGGAGAGAUACAAAUGAUGAGGAUGAUGAUGAUGUCGAUGGUUAUGCUGCUGUUGGUGGUGACCUGGCUGUUCUUCCACGGAUCCCCAACCCCAUUGCUUGUUUAUCCUCCGGUGACAUGCUCAUUUUCCAUCUCGCCAUCAAUCACACUGACCGCCGUCUCAGUCACUUCCCAGUGUAUCAGAAAGACCACCUGUUCAAUAGUAACCCCGGCUGGGACUUUGGAGCCUUCCGACAUUUGCAGAUGCUCGUGAAGCAGACGAACUUCAACUCCACAAGGUUUGCCCACGUGUUCUCAGAAACGGGGAAGUACGUUUUUGUGGACAGCGCCAUCCCAGAGUGGAGUUUGGUGGUGGUGGUCAGUGAGGAGGGGGCGGAGUGCGAUGCUCGGUCGUCUGUGUUCCAGCCCAUGACCCCGGCACAUCUGGUCAGAUUUGGGAUUGUCAUGCAGCACCGGCUCAACCUUCUGCCUGACUGGGGAGUUAUAGUAGGGGUCCUGAGUCUGCUGCUGGUGGUCGUUGUAGCUGUGACCGCCACGAUGCUCGUUCUGCGACCCAGCAAAGCAAAGCUGGUCUCCCAGUGGAGGAUGAAGCCAAAGUGGCGCAGUCUCGGAGAGCCCUUCUGUCCGGUGGAGUGUGAUUGCAAUGGAGACAGCAUCGCUGUCCCCAGUUUAGGAGGUGCUCUCGACAGCAGGGGGGUGGGAGAAGGUGCAGAGGCGGAGGAACCUGCUGUUUCAAAGGGAGGAAGUGUAUCAGGGCGCUGUGAUCUAGAGGAGUUCAAUGUGAAAACUCUGUACGACAAACUCGAGGACCAGAACCUCCACAUCGCCUCCCAGCUGGCUCGACACCGCAAAGACAUGCAGGAGUUUUACAGAAACAUUUGUCAACAGGCGGAAACGCUCAAGAAUUCCUUUGAGAAUAUGGACCAUAAAAAGCUGAGUCUUCUCAAAGAGCUGCUUGUCCAUAAUACCAUGAGGGAUAAACCAUCUGACAGCAGUGGGGGGGAGAGAGAAGCACAAGCUGAGCCAUCUAUGGCAUUACUGGGAACUGUUCUCAGGUCUGUGGAAGCUCUCGUCUGCAGGGUGACAGGAGAAGCUUGGCAGAACAGGGAUUACUGUCACUCUGGUCCUCAUGAUACCAGGGAGUGUGAACCGCAAGCUGGAUACACACAACCCGGUGACACCAACAUGUGUUACACACAGAGUCUACAGAGCACAGUCCCUUGUCUAAGUGACCACGACUUAUCCAAGCUGGUCAGUAUAUCUCCUCUGUUCAAGACCCUGCAGGAGAUCCAGCAGUCUUUACACAGCCUCUCCACAGCUGAGCCUACUCAGCAUCUCCACCAUGCUGUAGAGCCGUCUGUCCAGGAGAACUACGACGGGAAACUCAUCCCAACUGCUCUGGUCAACCUAUCCGCUCAGCACGCUGCAGUUUUUCUGUUCGGUUGCCAGGUGAUGCAGUUGCUCGAAAAAUGCCCCCAGUUCCCCUCCGUGCUUUUGCUACUGGCCAAGUCGAUCCCAGUUUCUUCAUUGUCCACUAAUGAGGCCACGCUGGCCCAUUGCUCUGGGGACUUUUACUUUGAUAGGACCAAUCAAAUCCUUUAUCUGUCAGAGGCAAAGCUUCAGCACGUGGGGCAUUUUAUCGGCGUCCUUCUGCAGUCCAUGGCCCACAUUGCGUCAGCAUCAAAACCUCAGAGCUUUAUGCAGGCGCUGCAUGAGGCCGUUUCCGCUCUGAGCCUUCAGCUGUUUAACGUCUCUUUCAAAUGGAGCACAGAGGAGUCAAAAUUCAGCGGUUCGGAGAGUCAGCACGGUGCAUUAGUUACAGAAUUUCUCAACGUCAGAGUUCCCGCUGAGGUGCAUUUCACUGAGCACCUGUUAGCUCGCAGACUUGAGAAAUACAAGUAUUUCAAGUUAGAGCAGCUCAUCUUCAACCUCGGACGGUGUUCAACUGAGGACACAGACCCAGGGUUGCCACCAAAAGGGACACCGAUACAGAUAUCCUGUGUAGAAGAAGAAAUCGACCGCUUGAAUGAGUCCUUCCUGCAGCUCAGCGUGCAGCUACAGAAGAGAGCUCAAAUGAGCAGAUGGCAAGAGGAGACACAGACGAGUGCUGGGAACCAUUCAGCGAGGGCUACACCAACAAGCAGCGAGCCAAGCCUGAGUCGUAGUGGAACAAUGCUGCUGGAGCUGAAGAGACGCCACGUAUCGCAGCGUCUCAAUGAGCUCCAGCUCACAUUAGGUCGGAUCAGACAGCGCCAGCAGCGUGGCAGCGAGUCAAGAGAUGGGACAGGAGGCCGUAAACAAACAGACAGCAGCAGCAGCACUAAGCCGAGAGAGAGGGAGCAGUAUCCUGGCAUAGAUGGCUGCAGUCCCGCCGACGGCCAGCGGCAGGGCGGUGUUCCAGCGAGCCGAAGUCACAGCCAGGAAAACAUACAGGGCCGAGCUCUUGGUAACUAUAAAGUGGAGAGUCAUAUUUCCACCCAGCAGAGGAGUAACAACCCUGAAAUGUUGCUGGACUGCCAGAUGCUUGAGAGCCAAGAUCAGCCGCUUGUGACUGUGCCAGGAAAACAGGAGCUAAACGGUCAGAUCACAAUAGAAAAUACAACUGGACACAUACACAGUGAUGACAUGUGGGCGCCCGCUGAUCAGAGACUGGAUCUGAAUGUGGACAAAUGCUAAGAAGAAUUAGUUGCAUCAUGUAUUAUCUGACCAUUAUUCCUCCUCCUCCUGCCUUGUGCUCGAAAUCUGUGUACACUAUAAUAUUCUGUCUUGUUUGUGGGGGCAGGCGGGGGGGCGAUCCAAUCCAUAGUCUUUUUAAUUAUCUGUGAUCCCGGACAGAAAUAAUUUCUGGCAACAAGCGGUGUGGCGUGACACACUCUGUCAUCUUGUCCAAAUAGUUUCUCAGUCAGGAGUUAAUUCUGUCCUCAAACACGGGCUCUGUUCAUUACCAUAUUCUAAUUAAGAUAAUAAACUCCAGCUCACUGAACACAAGGUGACACUUGUGCGUCUGUGCUUAAACAACCUCCCCCUUGUGUAGAGGCGACGACCCUUGUGUCUUCAUGAAUAUUUAAUAUCGAACGACAGUAAUUCUCUAACCCUCUUUCUCGCAGGUCCUCUAACCUGUCGUUUGUAAUCUUUUUGUUUCUUUUCUAAGCUCUUUAGCUCCUUUCAUCUGUUUUCCUCUAUGACCAACAGGCCAUGCAAGUCAAACUCAAAGCAGCUGUGAAACUUGAAAGCGUGUUGGAUCUGCUCCAGACACGUCAGUGCUGCACGGUCGCCUCCUUCUCCUGGUCUGAUGGUUUAUCUGUCGUACAGGAGUUCUGGGUCUUAUAAUAGAAAGUGAGUAUUACUACAGGGGGACUGUGAGCCAAAUCAUAAGGUCAAAUGGAACAAGUCUUCACUUGCAAUCAGUGUUGGCUCAGAGGUCUGUGCCAAGUCCCCCCCGGGUUGAAUCUGGCAUCGCCCUGCAGCUCUGUGUGUGUGUGUGUGUGUGUGUGUGUGUGUGUGUGUGUGUGUGUGUGUGUGUGUGUGUGUGUGUGUGUGUGUGUGUGUGUGUGUGUGUGUGUGUGUGUGUGUGUGUGUGUGUGGAGAGGUGUGGUUCAGUAGCUCCCUGUACACCUUAUCAAUUAGAUUAGCUAAAAUGUGCCACUGAUCUGGCCUGUUAGUGUGUGCGCGUGUGCGGGACAUGACAUUGUAUAACAUCAUGUUGAGCUGCUGCGGAGUUGUGUGUGUGUGUAAAUGUUUGCACGGUUGUUUACAGUGGUGCAGCAUUAUGCUCGCUCUACUUGUUUAGAUCAACACACGGGUUAUUUUUAGGAACAGGGUCUUUCUGUGAUGUUUGUGAGGGUAUAUGUUUGUGUAUAUAAGCACAGGCUUCUGUGUGUGUGUGUGAUCUCAGGGUCGAUUAGAAUGUUGUUUUGGUACAUGUCGCUCUUCCAUCUUUCCAAAACAAAACAGCAAUAAUAACAGUCAGAUGCACACAAACACAAGCUAACACUGAACUGCAAUGAGUUUGUGUUUUCGUAUGAGAUAUAUAACAGUGGCUCACUUAUGUGUUAUUACCUCCGCAAAUGAGGUUGUGUUUUCCUCCCCGUCUGUUUGUCAGCAGGAUAAAUACCGAACUGAUUUCCAUGAAACUUGGUGGAAUCAUGGGACGUGGGAUAAAAAAGGGGGCGAAUACAGGAUUUUUUUUCACUUUUCUUAACAUUGCGAGAUGCUGUGUGAGGUGUGUUUUUUUUUUUUCAUUUCCACUGUUUUCCCAGGGAAUAAUUCAUGGAUCUCGAGGGGGAAAAAAAUCG